CCAUUGCAACAUGAGAGUGGGGGAGGGAGAGAGAGAUAAAGAGAACGAGAACGAGAGUGUGACUGUGUGUGCACACGUGUACGCAGCAGAUGACAGGAGGAAACGAAAUCCUUUCAGGCUCAUGCGAAAAGAAAUUUCAAAACAGCCUGACGGAACCAACUGGCAAUGCAGCCAGAAGAGUUUCACUUUCACCGGAUCUUCCUGCUCCUGCUCCCUGAGAAGCUGAAGGAGGAUGGCUGCCCAGCUCUUGAAGGACAGAUGGUGUCUGAUCAUCGAGUCUCUGACCCACGGCAUGAUCAGUGGCUUGCUGGACGACCUGCUGCAAAUGCAGGUCAUCAACCAGGAGGAGAUGGACACAGUCAGAGAAGAGCAUCACAGACCCGCCGAGAAGACCCGGGCGCUGCUCAACUCUGUCAUCCCGAAGGGUGACUUGGCUAGCCAGAUUUUUAUCGAUUCUCUGUGCAAGAAAAAUCCAUUCGUUGCUGCUAAAUUGGGGCUCUCUGCAGGUGGUCAAGGACAAUCUGGAAACACCCAAUUUGUAGGGCAGUCCCAGAUGAUCCCAGCAGUGGCUACCAGCUGUUCAGUUCCACAGGCUCUUCAGGCUCCCAAAACCCUGACAGAGAGUCAUCCGGAUGGAUCCGGGGAAAUACUCAAGCUCUGCCCUUCUGAGGAACGAGAGAAGCUCCAGAAAGAGAACGAGGGAGAGAUCUACCCGGUGUUGGUUAAGGCCGGACGCCAGCGCCAGGCUCUCAUCAUCUGUAACAUCAAGUUUGAGGAACUCUGUGAGCGGGUUGGGGCUGAGCUCGAUAUCAAGGGUAUGAAGAAGCUGCUGGAAGACCUAGAUUACACCGUGCAGGUUGAACGAAAUCUCUCAGCCACGGAAAUGGAAUCGAAGCUGAAGAUGUUUGCUGGGCGGCCGGAGCACAAGUUUUCAGAUAGCACUUUCCUGGUGUUCAUGUCUCACGGCAUCCUUGAAGGCAUCUGUGGGACCAAAUACAAGAAGCAGGAACCAGACGUGUUAUCGUACAGCACGAUCUUCCGCGUAUUCAACAACAUCAACUGCCCUGGUCUGAAAGACAAACCCAAAAUCAUCAUCGUCCAGGCGUGUCGAGGAGAGAAUGAAGGUAUGGCCUGGGUGAGUGACUCGCUGGGGCCCUCUGCAACCAGCUCACAGGAACCUGAGGAUUUGGAGAAUGACGCCAUUCACAGGACGCACGUGGAGAAAGAUCUCAUUGCUUUCUGCUCUUCCACCCCAGACCACGUUUCUUGGCGAGAUCCCAAAACUGGCUCACUCUUCAUCGUUCAACUCAUCAAGUGCUUCCAAAACCACGCCUGGAACUGUGACCUCGAAAGCCUCUUUCUGAAGGUACAGCGCCAUUUUGAGACUCCGAAGCAAAAACUGCAGAUGCCAACCAGGGAAAGAGCUACCCUGACCAAGCGUUUUUUCCUUUUUCCCGGUCAUUAAAACUAGAAAUUUCCAGAUGAGGGUCCAAUCCAUUCUACCACCGAAUCUUCCCGGGGCGACAUUUCCAGGUUCAAUCCAGCAUACUUUUUUAUUUUUUAUUUUUUUGGUAUCCCAAUAAAUAUGAAACCCGUCAAUCUACCACA